AUGGGUUCCGUCGGGCCGCGGCCACGUGACAUCCUCAGCGAGGCCGAGUUCAGUGGGCGCACUGCGGGCGGCUGGCGCCUCGCUUGCCGAAGGCGACUGCGCCCGGGAGGGCGGGGGAUUGUGGCGGGCGGAGAGCCCGUUCCGGUGGCCGGUGACAGUUGUGCGGGGGAGCGGCGCCUGCGGUUUGGGAGGCCAUCCGCCCCGCACCGGCGUGUGACUCCCUCGGGCAAAAAGUGUUGGGCCGUUUGGUGGCGGUCGUGGUCCCUGCGGCCGCCCCCUCGCCGUUGCCGCGUGCCUCUAGUUUUGCCUAAAGAUACUGAAACCGAGUGCCCCGGACCCACACACACGCAAGGGAGGAGGGCCUUUCGCGGGCGCGGCGUAGAAAAGAGAGGGAGGCUCGCGGGGCUGCGGCCUGCCAACGGGACGGCAGGCACGGCGUCGCGUCCCGAGCAAAGGGCUUAG